UUGCCGCGGGUUCAGUACCGCCACUGGAACCAGGAGAUGAGGCGUAGGAGCUGUCGCUGCUGGCUUGUACCCGGGUUUCGUCUCGUACUGUGGUUCCUUUUGCGUCUUGGAUCAUGCUGUUACCCUCGGACGUGGCCCGGCUGGUAUUGGGUUACUUACAACAAGAAAACCUCACUUCUACUUGCCAGACCUUUAUAUUAGAAAGUUCAGAUUUAAAAGAAUAUGCAGAACACUGUACAGAUGAAGGCUUUAUUCCAGCUUGCUUACUGUCCUUAUUUGGAAAAAACUUGACAACAAUUUUGAAUGAAUAUGUAGCUAUGAAAGCAAAAGAAACAUCAAAUGAUGUCCCAGCAAUAAUGUCAUCUCUGUGGAAGAGGUUAGACCAUACACUUUCUCAGAUCAGGAGCAUGCAAAGUUCCCCGGGGUUGGCUGCCAAUCAAAGAGUCCGAACAAGAAAUGGAAUUGCAGAAAUCAAACGACAAAGAAGGCUUGCAUCUCAAGCAGCUCCUGCCAGUUCAGAUUUGCUGAUUUUACCUUAUGUUUCAGCACCGUUUACUACUGCUCCUUCGACAGCUGCACAGCCUGUUCAGCCUGUUGGCCAAAUUUCAGCUCCAAUGAGGUCAAAUUUUGUAGUGGUCAAUCACUCUCAAUCACAGGAUACUGUAACUACUGGAGAGUCUUUAAAUAUUGUUCCUGGUCCUCAAGAAAAGAAGUCGCACGCCAGCUUAAUGUCACCUGGUAGACGUAAAAGUGAAUCACAAAGGAAAAAUAUUACUUUGUCUGGGCCUCACUCAACGAUACGAAAUUUCCAGGAUCUAAAUACAUUUGCCGUAGAAAAACAAAUGGUUAUUGAAAAUGCACGAGAAAAAAUACUAAACAACAAAUCUCUCCAAGAAAAACUUGCAGAAAACAUUAAUAAGUUUUUGACAAGUGAUAACAAUAUUGUUCAAGUACCCAAGCAAGCAGAUAGCAACCCUGCUGAAACAGAGGCUUCAAUUGAUGAGCUCCUAGGACUUCCGAGUGAAAUCCACAUGUCUGAAGAAGCUAUACAGGAUAUCUUGGAACAAACAGAAUCAGACCCAGCAUUUCAAGCGCUGUUUGAUUUGUUUGACUAUGGUAAAACAAAGAACAGUAAAAAUAUAUCACAAAGCAUUUCUAAUCAGCAUAUAGUCUUACCUGAAGAAACAAAUCUGGUGGUUAAAAGUACUUUCGAAAUACAGGAAUCUGAUGGUCAAUCUGGUCAGCCUACUUGUACAUCCUAUCAAAAUGAAGAUGCACUAAAUGUUUUAAAGAAUGACAGCAACCAUGAAGUACUUAGACAGCAAGCCCAGGAAGAUUUUUUCCACAUAGACUCUGACAUGCAGAAAAAGUCUAUUAAAACAGGAACACCUACAGAACAGAAAUGUAACCUUGAUAUUACCUUUGAGUCUGUGCCUAAUUUGAAUGACUUUAACCAAAGAGGAAAUUCUCAUGCUGAAUGUAAUCAGCAUUGUACCGAACUGUACACCAGUCAGAUCCCUUCGGAAAUUGACAGACCCAUGGAGGUUGAAAAAAAUUCUUUGUCUCCAAAUGUGCCGGCUGAGCCUCCAUUACAGCCUGAUCAGUCUGACGUACCGGUAACUUCAUUUAUUACACUUGGUGGUGAAAUGGACAAUGAAAACUUAAUUAUCUCUGGGAAAAGUUCUCAACUUUUGUCUCAAAAUACUACACUGACUGGAAAGCCAUCUAAAAAUAGUCAGUUUUGUGAAAGUCUUAACAAUGCAGUGAGACUUAAAACUAAUUUCCCUAGUUCCAAAUCACCAGAGUCUAGUGAAAAUCACAAGAGUAAAAUUGAAAUGAAUAAUGUACUACCAGUUGUGUCACAGCUGUCAGGUUGCCAGGAUAAUUCUUCACUUCAAAGUAAAGUAUUACCUGUGUCUGUUGAAAGUUCAGCUCUACAGGUUUCUGAACAGCAAAUAGAAAUUCGUCUUGAAGAUUCAAUCGCUUCAAUUAAACAACCAUAUGAUUCUACAGCUGUUGAACUAAGUCAUACAGAAAAUGAGACUGAGUCGUGCAAGUCUGACAAAGCAAGUUUGGAUUCCGAGGAGCCUUCAUCUUUCGUAAAAGGAGAAGACAACAUUUUCCUUUUAGGUAGAACGGAUACCUGCGGGGAGGUUGCAUUGAUACCUCCAGGAGGCAACGCUAUAAAAAGUGGUUGCUCUCUUCCUUCAGAACCUGGUGGUUCUUCCAUGGGAAAGUCUCAUUCUGAGUCCCAAAAUCCUGAUGAGAAACCGUCUAGUGACAACUCAGCAGACAUGGAUGCAUCCAAUAUUGUCUCACUUAAAAUUAUCAUUAGUGAUGAUCCAUUUGUUUCCUCGGAUACGGAACUUACCAGCGCUGUAUCUAGUAUCAGUGGAGAAAACUUGCCAACUAUCAUUUUAUCUUCUCCUGCUAAAUCAUCUGCCAAAAAUGCAGAAUUAGCUAAAGGCCUGUCUUCAGAAGACACUGCAGGUUCCGUUUUAUCUGCUGAAGUGGGGGAUUCAGCCUCAGUGGAGCAGAGCCUUUUGACACUCAAACCUGAGGACUCUGCAGUGAGUAACACUCAGAGUGAAGACGGCACUGCUUUUGCAACCAGUGUCACACCAUGUGUUUCCAAGGAAGGAGGAUUCAUACAGUUGAUGCCAGCCACAAGUGCAGCUUUUGGCAACUCCAGUAACAUUCUCAUUGCUACCUGUGUGACUGAUCCAACAGCCUUGGGGACAACUGUCACUCAGUCUAAUGUUGUGGUGUUGCCUGGAAAUUCUGCACCUAUACCCACACAACCCCCUCCACCAAAGCUACAGACACCACCAAGAUCCAACAGUGUAUUUGCUGUCAACCAAGCAGUGUCACCAAACUUUUCACAAGGUUCUGCCAUUAUAAUUACUUCUCCGGUCCAGCCUGUGCUCCAGGGGAUGGUGGGCAUGGUCCCAGUGUCUGUGGUGGGACAGAGUGGAAGUACCUUUUCUGCACCUCCUCAGCAGGUCCUCCACAUGCCAUUAGCAGCACCUGUGUGCAAUAGAAGUAUCCCGCAGUACCCCGCUCCUCCAAAAUCUCAGAAGGCUCAGGGGCUGAGGAACAAGGCUUGCAUAGGAAAGCAGGUCAGUAAACUGGCAGAUUCAUCAAGUCAUUCAGUUGGAUGUCUUGCGCAAAGAAAUGAAGCUCCUGACAAGAAUAUGGCCACAGGAGUUGAGAAAAAAAUGGAAGAGAUCACAAGUUCCUUCACUGGAGAGAGCAUAGUUCCAGCUAACAAACCAUUUGAAAGCCAUAGACGUGUGCUGUGUUUUGAUAGCACUUCUUCGGUGGCAAACACACAGGGAUCAGGCCAUAAGGUGGUAUCCCAAGGUAGAGAAAGGCAUGACGUUUCUGCUUCUCAUCUUGACUCACCCACGGUGUCGUCCAUGUUAAAACCCCCUUCUAAUGCCACCAAAAAAGAGAGAGAGAAAACACCUAUUCCCAAGAUUUUAUCUAAAUCAGAAAGUGCUACUAGUCGGCAUACCACCAUAAAAGAAAGUCAAUCAGAUAAGAAAGUUUCACCAACAGAAAUAGUGUUUGAAUCCUUCCAUAAAGCAACGGCUAAUAAGGAAAAUGAAUUAUGCAGUGAUAUGGAAAGGCAGAGAAAUUCAGAUCCUUCAAGAUUGUCUACUGGGCAGCAAAAUGGGAGUUUACGAAGUGAGAAAGCAGCAUCUUCACUACAGGAAUUGACCAAAAAACAAGCUGCAUCUUCAAACAGUAAAAAUGUUAUUUCAGUAGGUGCAGCUAUGAAGGACCUAAAGCAAGAGCAAACGAAGUCUACCAACUGUUUGAGUGCCACAGAAAUAUUACACGACGUGCAGCUGCAUAGCCCAGUAAGUAGACUUGCCGAGGGUGAUUUGCCUGUUCCCCGGACACCUGGCUCAGGAGCAGGGGAAAAACAGAGAGAAGAAGCUGCGGAUGUCAUCAAGGCUCCUUCAAAUAGGCGUUUUGGUGACGACAGUAGCGCACCCAAAGUAAUGAUCCCUCCUAUCACUCCAGACUUGCCUGCCUGCAGCCCUGCCAGUGAGACAGGCAGUGAGAAUAGUGUCAGCAUGGCUGCCCACACGCUCAUGAUCCUCUCCAGAGCAGCCAUUUCCAGGACUGCUUCCACAACUCCGCUAAAAGACAACACACAGCAAUUUAGAACAUCUUCAAGGAGUACCACGAAAAAAAGGAAAAUCGAAGAGUUAGAUGAGCGUGAACGGAACUCCCGCACUUCUAGUAAAAGUCUUGCAAAUUCAUCAAUACCAAUGAAAAAGAAGAAAAUUAAGAAAAAGAAGCUACCUGGUUCAUUUCCAGCAGGAAUGGAUGUGGACAAAUUUUUAUUAUCAUUACAUUAUGAUGAGUAAGCAUUUUAAACACAAGAACCUUGGUUGUUUCAAUCUUGUAUCCCUUAAACUAUGGGUGUGGGGAAUAGGAUAUUGACAGAAAUUGAAAACAUGACCUGCACUUUCCAUUGUACUGAAGUUUCACUUUAUACUUAAUCAUGCUGUUUAUGAAGCAGCACCCUAGUUUGUAAAUAGACUUGAUAUAUUUCUAUUUUGGGAAAAAAAAUUAGCAGAAAUGUAAGUAAAGCCAGUCUGCAAAAACUGUACAGCUUUGACAAUUGCAUAUUGUAAAUACUGUGUAAAUCUUGUGAAAAUAGAGGUUAAAUCACCUAAUGUUCUUACACUGAGUUUUUCGACUUACGAUGCUCGAGGUUUAUUCAUCCGGAAUAGUGUCUCAUUUCUUUUGAAGGAAACUGUUCCUUAUCCUUAUAAAUUACCUUCAGCCAUUGUUUAAAAAGAUAUUUAAAUAUAUAGCCACUAAGUACAAAAAAUGAAAACUACCUCAGCUGGUAGUAAUCAAUAGUUUGAUGGAUUUUUUCUCCCUAGACUCAGUACUUUACCGCCCUUUCUUGUAGUUGCAGUAUAAACUAUAUUCUUAAAAUGUUACAAUUUAUUUCAUGUGGUCAUUCUGUUCUCUUUGUUAUAAAGAGGAUUUUGUAAGCCAUUUAUUGAGUGUUCUGAUUCUUCCCUUACAUCUUUUACAGAACAUUAAGUGGUAGACUCUUGAGCCAUACAAAACUGAGUUACAAAGUAGUUGCGAUUUCUCAGUAUAUAUAAACUUUGCCCUAAGCACUAGGGAUGUAACGAAUUGCACUAAUUCUUCAUACAGUAGUGAGUGAUGCACAUUUAAUUUAAACCUUGUAUUUUAAGUUAAAGCUUGUGUGAAUUAUCUUCUGGUGUCCUGAAAGUCAUGUCCAUCAAAAGAUGUAAAAAGAGAAAUCAUAGUGUUAUAUUUUAGUUUCUUCUAACAUGGGGUGUGUUAUAUGACGGUAUCCACACUGUGUGUCCCUUAAAGUGUUCUACACAGAUGCUCUCGAGAGGCCCUUCGGGGGGAGAGAGAGGUGCCUUCUCCGUACUGAACUCACUUAACAGCAGUCAAGUUGAAGAACCGGUUUAAACUUUUAAAUAACGAAUUAUAAUUAAUACCUGACCAAUUGUGCCUAGAUAUUAAAGUAUGCUUAAGUGCUUUCUGUUUAAAUGUGCGUACAUUAGGAUUUUUUUACACAGGUGUAUAUUUUGUUGAAAGUCACUUUCUUCAACCAUUUUUUGUACUGGGUCUUUAAAAUAAUAAAUCCAUCCUAUUCUAAUACAAGUGUUCAAUGUAGAAAUGAUUUCUUCAUUGCUAAACUGUGCUGCAGAAAUU